ACUUACUAUAUAUGAUUAUCCAUUCAUCUUUUUUACCAAACGGAUACAAAAACGAAGACCCUAUUUUAGUCAAUUAUAAUUAAAUUUGUGCAUUAAUUGACAGAUGGCGGGAAAUAAUGACAUACGUGUACUAGAUAUUGACCUCUAGAAUAUGAGUGCAGCAAAGAGAGACUUUGGUUCAUUUCAUUCAUCAAAUGUCCAGGAACUUCUUGAUAUACAAGAUGAUGAAUAUGUUCCUCCAGAAUUGCCGUUUAGAUGUGAGCUGUUUGAAACUUACAAGUCAAAUCCACCAAUAUUUGGGAAAGAAAUAAAACAAAAGCAUUUUCUUUUAGAGGACUGUGUCUUUUUAAAUCAUGGAGCAUUUGGUGGGGUGUUGAAAGAUGCUCUAGACAUUGCUCAGAAAUACCAGAUAUGGACAGAAAGACAACCACUAAGAUUUUAUGACAGGGAGCUAUUGCCUCGACUUGUCCAUGUUACAAGAAGGAUUGCUAAAUUUAUAAAUUGCAAUGCUAAGGAUAUUGUACUGGUGGAGAAUGCUACUACUGCAUUAAACACAGUUAUACAGAACAUACCUCUAAAACAGGGAGAUAAUGUCUUCAUCUUAAAUGUUACAUAUGGGGCAGUAAAGAAAAUGUUGCGUUGGAGAUGUGAGCAGACAGGGGCUCAACUACAGGAGGUGGAAGUGGAUUUUCCCAUUAAAGAUAAACAGCAGUUGAUAGAUUAUGUAGAUAAGAAUUUAAAGGAAGGAUCAAGUCUGGCAGUGUUUGAUCAUAUACCUAGUAAUACACCAUUCAUCAUGCCUCUUACAGAAAUUAUCACCAUAUGUAAAUCCAGGAAUGUACCAGUAUUGAUAGAUGGUGCACAUGGCCUGGGUUCUCUCCCUCUAAAUAUUACCUCCCUUGAUCCAGAUUAUUACAUUACAAAUGCUCAUAAAUGGUUUUGUUCACCAAAAGGGACAGCACUCAUGUAUGUCAGAAAAGAGUUGCAGACCUUGACAAGACCAUUGAUUAUUUCCCAUGGUUUUGGUUCUGGAUUUAAUUCAGAGUUUAUUUGGGCAGGUUUACAUGACUACAGUCCAUUUCUAGCUCUACACACAGUUCUAGAUUUUUGGGAAGGUUUAGGCCAGGACAGAGCUCACCAGUAUAUGCAUGGCUUGUGUAAGCAAGCAGGUAGAAUGUUAUUUGAAGGUUGGAACACAGAGAUGGCAGCUCCUGAGGACAUGUUUGGAAGUAUGUGUUUGGUGAGGUUGCCAGAUGGUUUACAGAAGAUAUCAGAUCAUAUGGAUUAUUCUGCGGCAGAAACUAUACAAAAUACAUUAUACCAUGAUUAUAACAUAGAGGUACCAGUGAAAUGUGUACAACAGAGGUUAUAUGUUAGAAUAUCUGCUCAUAUUUAUAAUGAAAUGUCUGAAUACAAGACAUUGAGAGAUGCUGUACUGGAUAUUGAACAAUCUUAUAAAGAAGAAACUUGUCAGAAUAAAUGAUAUUUUGUGAAAAAAGAUC